GAAAAUCACAGAAGCUUGUGAGAUUAGUCACAAAAAGUGGUUCGGUUCGGUUCGGUUAGUGAUACAAGAGUGUAUUCGAUUUUGUUUUUUUAUGGUCGACAAAAUUGUAACACUCAGCUCAGGCAAGCACAAACAUUCUUGUUCUGCCCCAAUUGAACGGACUGGGGGAAUUUUGAAAUUAGACAACCUUUUAAGUUUACACUUUAGUCGUUUAUAUACUGCUACACCCACCAAUUAGGGGAGGGCGAGGGAAGCUACCAAGGGACUUGAGUGAGGAUCUUAUGUUGUUGAUGUGUUGACCCAUAAACCCUAAUUUUUGGGGGGUUCUGUGCAGUCGCGGAGUACGCACGACUCCAUUUAGCAAGAGAAGUCAAGGUUUUAUAUUUGAUUGAUGGAAACCCAUAAGGAAUCUCGGGAUCAUCAUGGCCUUUAUCGUGUAGUCAAUGAUGUCGGUUCUGCAUUUGGAAUGGGAGCUGUUGGAGGUUCUGUAUAUCAUUUCGUAAAAGGGGCAUACAAUUCCCCAAUGGGAGCUCGUUUGGUCGGAGGAGCACAAGCAGUCAACAUGAAUGCUCCUCGUCUGGCAGGCAGUUUUGCUGCAUUUGGUGGCUUGUUCUCUGCAUUUGACUGCACACUGGUGUACAUCAGGAAGAAGGAAGAUCCAUGGAACUCCAUCAUAGCAGGUGCUGCUACAGGAGGGUUUCUUUCUAUGCGGCAAGGGAUUGUUGCAGCUUCUAGAUCUGCGGUUAUGGGAGGGGUUUUGCUUGCUUUGAUCAAAGGGCCUGCGUUAAUGAACAAGUAGUAAGCUUUUUGGGUUUGUGAUUGAUCACUGAUGAGAGCCUCGCUCUCACUCUUUUUGGGUUGUGUUUUGAUGAGUUUUCUAAAAUUAUGUCGUUUCCAUCUUCGUGGUCCUUUAUAAAAAUACUCCGAAAUUGCUAUUUCAUCAAUAUUUACAGAUUUAUCUUCCAAUCAUUUUUGUGUAAACGUCAUCAAAGAGAUAAUUUUGAAUCGUCAA